AUCACAACUUAAUGCUGUACAUUUUAAUAAUUAUAUUGAAUGGAUACCUUUUGAAAAAUUCCAAAAUAUUACUUAUAUUGCAGAAGGUGGCUUUGGUAAGGUUUAUUCGGCUGAAUGGCCUGAAGGAUUUAUUGAAUAUUGGGAUAUUGAGAAUCAAAAAUGGUAUAGAAAUAAAUAUUUUGGUAAAUAUGCAUUAAAAAGUUUUAAUAAUUCUUCUGAUAUAUGUUCAG